ACACACACACACACACACACGCACACACACACACACACACACACACACACACACACAAACACACACACACACACACACACACACACACACACACACACACACACACUCGCUAAACUAUCUCGCGGAGCGCUUGGUGGCUUGUGGGCGUGACGUUCACUCGGGCUUUCUCCAGCAGCAGCUCUUGCGGCGCUGUGGUACCCUCCCUUUGCCGGCCAACAGAACCCGGACGCGCGCUGACGCGGCAGCUCGGCUCAUCUUACCGCAAGGUUUGUUUCACCUCAUUCUCCGGCAUCGACACCACAGCAUGUUUCUUGUUGAAGGAACAGCCCUUGACAUCGGUUUGCCGUGGCAUCUCCACCACACUUACGCGAGGAGAAAAGCGGCAAGGAAAUGGCUACUGCACAGGCAUUCGAACCAGGCUCUCAAAACCUUUACCGAGAUGUGGAGGGAGUGUACCUCAACGUGGGGUAUCCGGAGGAAAACGUGCGCUCCGCGUUAUCCUACACGCCGCUAGACGGCGACCUCUUCGUUGCGAGUUACCCGAAAUGCGGCACCACUUGGAUGCAGCACAUCGUGUACAGCAUACUGCGCGACGGCGCGGCGCCAGCGAACAUCAUGGAAUUCUUGAGCAGCAGUCCGUUCCUGGACUUCAUGGGAGCCGACGUCGCGCGCGUUAUGCCUCGGCCCGGGGCCAUCAAGACCCACUUGCCGUUCAACAAGGUCCCUUACUCGGCUCAGGCCAAGUACGUCUACAUAACCCGCAACCCUUACGACUGCUGCGUGUCGGCCUAUUACCACGUGAAGAGCUUCCACGCGAUGCUUUUCGACGGUACGUUCGACGAGUACUUCGACAUGUUCGUUGAAGGAAAAGUCGACUACGGUGACUACUUCGCCCACCUUCUGUCCUGGUACGAACACCGCGGCGACGACAACGUGCUGUUCCUGACGUACGAGGAGCUCAAGAAGGACUCUCGUGGCUGUGUGCUGAAGAUCGCCGACUUCGUCGACAAGCAGCAGUACGGCGACAGGCUGAGGCAGCACCCGGAAGUUUUGGACAAGGUUCUCGACACGAUUAGCCUCAAGUCCAUGAGAAAACUUUAUUCCCAAUUGGGAGAAUGGGCCAAACAAAUGAUCAGCACGCCUUUAGAAGAACUGCCCGAAUCGAUGAGGUCGGCAGUCGAAACUAUGAAACAAAUGUUCUCGAAGCCGAUCAAAGGAGAUUUUGUGAGGAAAGGCAUUGUGGGAGACUGGAAAAACCACUUUUCGUCGGAGCAGGUCACAAGAAUGAAAGAGCUGAUCGCUGCAAAGACCGCCGGUAGUGACGUCAUGGACCUCUGGAAGGACACGGACCUACCCCGAUGAAGAAGGAACAUUCACUUAUGGCAGCUUUCUUCUUCUUUUCUUUUGUAAUCUGCUGGGCAGUUAUUUCACAAAAUGACAGGCACUGGUUGCUGGUCUUUGCCAUACGGUGAUCGAAUAAAGUAAAUUUAUCAAAAUUACGUAAGUUCACUCCUAAACAAAAUGGCAGCAGAGUUUGCUGAAGGUGGUUAUUUUUUGCCACAAACGAGCACUUUUUUCGCAAGGAUAUCGUGUUUGUAAUGUGUAUGUACCGCUUUUUAGUGUAAGAAGACGGCGGCAAAUUGUCAGACGCGGCUGACCACUAUGUUCUUCGCUGAUUUACCUUUUCAUCGCCAAGAUGUACCUCGAGUGCGACGUUCGUGCAUUAACUUUCUUGUAACCCCCAAAAAAUCGUUAUUCCCUACAUGUACUUCCUUACGCUAUUACCGACAACAAUUUUGUUGGUGCUCAAGCUUUCUGGCGAUUUGAAUAAUGCGUUGUUUCAAAACAGUCGCGUACACAGAAAUAAAACUUGGUAGAAAAAUAAUAAAGCAAGCAUUGGUAAAUUCAUGCUGUAGAAACUUGAUGCUUUGGGGCACUCUUAAAAAGGUCACGCAGAAACUCAUUUGGGAGUUGUCUAAGUAUGCGCAAGUACUGUUUUACCUGCUCAUCUCCACGCAGCCCGGUGUCAUUAUCAAUGUUACGAACAUUGGUCCAACCAGUAUAAACGACAGCGCUGCCACGACGCAAGCUGCUGCGGACGGCGGCGCAAGGUGAAUCGAUGACGCAAGCAAACUAACCUCAUUGCCGGAAGCGCUGCGUGUACUCUCUCCGAGUAUGGAGACUGGGCUUCGCUGGAAAUUUGUGUUCGGAGCCUUCAAUUUGACAUGCGCUGUCUUUCUGUGCGCGUGCGUGUGUAUGUGUGUGUGCGCAUGCGCGAGCGUCUGCGUGCGUGUGUAUGCGUGUUUUAGCACAGCAUUUUAGCAUUUUA